GGGCCCGCUAGGGGGCGUGGUCAUGGAGGGGCGGGGCCGGAGGAGCUGUAGGCUUGCGAGGCGGCCUCGUGGAUGCUCUGGUGCUGCCUGUCCCUGUGCUUGCAGUCCCUUGAUAUAAGGUCUGUGAAUCUUGUACCUCCCCAGGAGGGGAGCCCAGAGGAGCGUGGAGUGUCAUCCAGGGGCGUGUUGGCCAUCGUGCAGGAAUCAGUGACCUUCAGGGACCUGGCAGUGGACUUUGACAUGGAGGAGUGGGGCUAUCUCUGCCCUUCUCAGAAGGAGCUCUACAGGGAAGUCAUGCUGGAGAACUACAGGCACCUGGUGUCGCUGGGGCUUCUGGAGGCCAAGCCAGACCUGAUCUCCCGGCUGGAACAAGAAGAGCCACAGGUGUGGGAGGUGCAGGAAGGGGCCUCUGGCAGUGUCUGCGCAUGCACAGGAGGGCCCUUCAGCAGGGAGCCGGGAGCCAGGGGGAGCCGCCCAGCUGCCUCGGAAGGAUGGGACUGGACAGCCUGGAAUAUUAAACUUGAGAAUGAGGAGUCAUGUCAAAAGAAAGGAGGAGGAGGAUCACGCAGAACCUUAGUGAAGAGAUUCAGGGGGAGUGUUCCCAAGGACCACCUGCUAGGGGAGCUUCCUAUCCAAGCCCUCAGUGUGUGGAAGCACAUGGCAGGCCUUACAGGGGACCCUCCAGGGAAAUUCAUGUUACAGGAAAGAGGCUUGGCGCCAUUGUCUUUUCUCCCCGGGGGAAUCCAUAAUCAGCAAGGAGUCCAUGCCUGUAUUGAUCUUGAGAAAAGCUUUAGUCACAGUAUCUGCUGGCCCACAAGACCAUGGAAUUAUAAUGUAUAUGAGAAUCUCUCUCAUUACCACAUAGCCCUCAUUCAACACCAGGGACUCAAGAGGGGAGAGAAACCUUAUGAUUUUGAGCAGCAAUGUGAAAAGGCCUCCAAUCUCACUCAACACCAGAGGAUUCACACUGGAGAGAAACUUUAUGAGUGUAAGGAAUGUGGGAAGAGUUUCAAACGAAGUUCACACCUUAUUCAGCACCAGAGAAUUCAUAGUGGAGAGAAGUCUUAUAAAUGCAAUGAAUGUGGAACAGCCUUUAGCCAGAACUCACAUCUUGUUAGACAUCAAAGAAUUCACACUGGAGAGAAACCUUAUCAUUGUAAAGAAUGUGGGAAGGCCUUCAGCAGGAGCUCACAUCUUAUUCAACACCAGAGAAUUCACACCGGAGAGAAACCUUAUGAAUGUAAGGAAUGUGGAAAGGCUUUUAGCAGGAGCUCAGCCCUUACUCAACAUCAAAGACUUCACAGUGGUGAGAAACCUUACAAAUGUAAAGACUGUGGGAAGGCCUUCAGCUGGAGCUCAGCCCUUACUAAUCAUCAAAGAAUUCACACUGGAGAAAAACCUUACAAAUGUAAGGAAUGUGGGAAGGCCUUCAGCUUUAGUUCACUCCUUACUAAACAUCAUAGAAUUCAUACUGGAGAAAAACCCUAUGAAUGUAAGGAAUGUGGGAAGGCCUUCAGCCAGAGCUCAGCCCUUAUUAAACAUGAAAGGAUUCACAGUGGAGAGAAACCCUAUGAAUGUAAGGAAUGUGGUACAUCUUUUAGUUGGAGCUCAGCCCUUAUUCAACAUUAUAGAAUUCAUACUGGUGAGAAACCUUAUGUAUGCAAGCAGUGUGGGAAGGCCUUCAGCCAGAGCUCAGCCCUUAUUAAACAUAAAAGAAUUCAUAGUAGAGAGAAACCCUAUGAAUAUAAAAAAUGUGGGACAACUUUCCAUUGGAGCUCAGCUCUUGUUCAACACCAGCAAAUCCACACUGAAGAGAAAUCUUAAAAAAUGAAAGAUGAAAGCCUUCAGCCACAAGUCAUCCCUUAUUCAGGAAAGAAUUUUUAGAGGAGAAAUACCCCUAUGUAAGUGAGAAGUGUAUAAAGCCCUUCAUAUAAAGUUCAAACUUUAGUCUAUAUCAGAGAAUUCAUAUUGGAGGGAAACUGAAUUCCAUGAAUGUUGAAAGGCCUUUAGUCAGAGGAAGACUCUCACUCCAUCAAAUCAUUCAUCCACUAGGGAAAUGUAAUGAAUAGCCUUCAGUAUGAUGGUGAGGUUUAAUUGCACAUCAUGCAGUUCAUCCUGGGCAAUAACCCUAAGAGGGCAGAAAAUUUGGGAAAGCCUCCAGGCAAAGAUCUAGCUGACUUUACCACCCAUGGAGUCAUCCUGGAGGGAAUUGCUACAAAUGUAAAAAAUGUGGGAAAGAAUAAAGUGACUCUAUCUAUACCUAACUCCACAUUGCCACCUCAAAACAGUAAGAAAUUUAGCAAAAAAUAUUUUUUAAUGCAAUAAAGAGAAGUGAGGAAAGAGAUUAUUACUGAGAAAACUUUGCAGAAAAGUCAGCAGAGAGGUCAAACUAAUGAGUGAAUAAAAAGAAAUCCUCUACCAUGAGAGAAAAGAAAGCAAUGAAAAAUCCCCAGAAGAAAGGAACGAUACUACUCUGCAAUAUCUAGCCUUGAGAAAUGAGACUAGAACCACCAGAGAGGGUGAGAAUCUUAUCAAAGUAAAAGAUGUGAGGAGAAAAUUUGGAACUCAAAAAAGAAUUUCAAAAGAUAAACAGAACUGACUGUGUAGAAUAAAAGGUAGAAGGUGUUAAUAGAGGACUGGAUACCAUGAAAAGAGAACAGCAGAAACAGAUCACAAAAAUGCUAAGAUGUAGCAAGAAAUAUUGGAACAAAGGUAAAAGAGCAAAAUCAGAAGAACAGUUGAGAACUCUGUAGAAUACGGCAGAUGAGCUUAGAGAGGAGCUUAGUGAGCCAGUCUGAAAACGGUUGCCCCCUACCCCCAGAAACAAAGACCCUGAAUACCAUAUUUCUUGAAAUCAUACAAAACAAUUGCCUGGAAAUGUUGGAAUUAAGAGUCCACAGGAAUUUGUCAAAGAAGAAUCUUCCCCCAUUCCUGCCACCACUUUAACUUAUCAAGAAAUAUAGUCAAGGACGUCUAGUGCUUCAGAGUUGAAGAAUCUUGCAAACUGCAGGAGGUUCACUUAUCAGGGAACCCUGUGUCUGGUGCCUUGAAGACUACUCAUUGAUGAUGGAAGAAAAAGUAAGAAAAAAUUCCAUAUACUGACAAGCAAAUAAAAAUGGUUUCUAUGCAAGAAUAACUUGUCCCACAGAGUUGAGCACUCAGUGACUUCCAUUUAUUCUUUCUGAGAAAGUCAAACAUGAGCAGGGAAAAGUAAUCCCUAUCCCCAGGGAGCUUUCCUUCUGAUGGAGGAAACAACAUGCAAAUAGCUAGGGACAUAGAAGACAGACACCGAGCCACUGGAAAUUCAUCUCAGAGGGGAAGGCACCCAGCCAGAGGCUCCCUGUGAGGUGGCAUUCGAGCUGAAUCUUGAAGGAAGCCAGAAAAGCCAAGAGGCAGCAAUGAGAAGGCACAGUAUUCCAGGCACAAAAAGCAGCUAAUGCAAAGUCCUGGAGUGUCCUGUUUGAGGAACAGCAAGGUGCCCACUUAGCUGGAAUGGAGCGUGUGUGGAGAGAUGUAAGGGAAGAAACAUGGGAAGGCAGGAAGAACCAGGCUCUGAAGAGCUUCAGAUGCCAAACAAGAUGCUGUAUUUUAUCCUGGAGGUAAUAGGGAGCCAAUGGAGAUUAUGAGCAGGGGAGUGACAUGGUCAGACUGACUUUAUGAAGGCUGAGAGGAGAAUAGAUUGGAGUGGGGAGGAUACCAAUCAAAAGGCUAUUGCAGUAGUCCAAGGGAGGGAUGAGAGCUGAACUAAGGCUUGACGGUGUGUGAGGACAGGUGAUAGAUAUGAGAAAUACUAUGAAGGUAAAAACAAGGUUGGGCAACAGAUUGGAUCCAUAGGGUGAGUGAGAGUGAACAUGACAAAGUGGUUGCAAUGCUGGGGGACCCGGGAAGGGUUUGGGGAUCUGUUGUGGACAUGUUGAGCUUGAGAUGCCUCUGGCACACCCAGGUCAGGGUGUGACCGAAGCUCAGGAAAGAGACUAGGGCGGGGUGCGGAGAUCUGGGUGUUGUCUGCACAGAGACUGUAGCGGAGGAGCUCGCCAGAUACGAUCACGCAGAGUGAGAAGACUGUGCAGUACGGAGCCUUGGGUGAGUAGGUGUGACAUGGAGGCCACAGAGAAGGCUGAGGAUUCCUCAGCCAGGACAAGGACCGGGAGGUAGUAGUGUCAUGGAGCCCGGAAGAGGUGGCAUCCCAGCGGGAAAGUUGGUGAGCGUCAGACGUCACAGAGAGUUCAGGACAGAUGAGGAUUGAGGAAACACUGUUAGAUUUGGUAGUUAAAGAGGUGGCUGGUAACUGGAGAGGGAUGCGGUUGGAGGCCAGACUGUAGAAUGAAGAGAGUGAGCAGAGAGAAGGGAAGAUGCUGACUGUAGGUGGCCCGCUCGGGACUUUGGCCAUGAAGGGAGGGGAAUAAGUGUUUACUGAGCACCUACUAGCACUUUACAAAUAUCAUCUCAUCGGAUCCUUACAGCAACUCU